GGACUGCCGUGGCUCAGCAAUUGAAAGCCCCGACCGCGAGCACCGUCUUCGUAGAGGAUCUGUCGGACGAGGAGAGGAGGAAGGUUCUCAAGGAAAGGGAGGUCGAGACUCUACCUAUUGGGUUGGUGAAUCUGGGCAACUCCUGCUAUAUGAACGCCACCAUACAGGCCCUUUAUGCAGUUCCUCCUCUACGACAGGCACUAUUGAAGUACUACGACAGUAGUGCUCAUAGUGAGGGCAGCAACCAGGAGAGGAGCCUAAGCGCCUUGAUACACCAGACCUUCAAGGACCUCGGCACUAAGGCUAAUGCAGUCGAGCCCGCCAGCUUAUUUAUGCUCCUUCGAGUUAUGUAUCCGGAGACUUUCGGAAAAACAACGCAAGGAGGUAUUCCCCAACAGCAGGAUGCCGACGAGUUCCUCCGGGCUCUCAUGCUCAACCUCUCUGACACGGUCAAGACGCCUCACAGUAAUGUUAUCGAUGAUUUGUUUGGCUUCACAAUGAAGACUCGCAUGCGGUGCUUGGAGGCUGAGGCAGAGCCGGAGUCUGUCUCGGAGGAGCGUCAUCGAGUGUUGUUGUGCCACAUGGGCACUCCUACUGACCCCGUAGGGCACCUCUACCAGGGAGUUCAGCUCAGUCUGAAGGAGACUAUCACCAAGCAAGCUGCGGUCCUCGGUCGCGACGCUGAGUUCGAGAAGUCCUCGGCCAUGGACUCCCUCCCGGAGUACCUUAUAGUAGAGUUCGCUAGGUUCCAGUGGAAGGGAGAGAGCACCUCAGCUGGCACUCAUGCUACUAGGACCAAGAUCACUCGAAAGGUCACCUUCCCGCAAGUGCUAGACGUGUACGACUUCUGCACGGAAGAUGUGCGGAAGCAGCUCACUC